AUAUACGCAGCAAACACCGAUUGUGGUUCCGAAUUCGAAUUCAAAUUCAAAUCUGCACUCUCUCUUUGUUCCCCCCUGGACCAGCGAAACGGCGGCGUUUGGGGUUCCGAUCUCUGAAACCCUUUCCCUCGGGCGCGAUGUACAUCAAGGAGAUAUGCUUGGAAGGGUUCAAGUCGUACGCGAGCCGCACCAUGGUUCCGGGGUUCGACCCCAUCUUCAACGCCAUCACCGGCUUGAACGGUUCCGGCAAGUCCAACAUCCUUGACUCGAUCUGCUUCGUCCUCGGCAUCACCAACUUGCAGCAGGUUAGGGCUUCCAACCUCCAGGAGCUCGUCUACAAGCAGGGCCAAGCCGGAAUCACCAAAGCCACCGUCUCCAUCGUCUUCGACAAUUCCGAUAGGUCCAGAUUUCGUGUUUAUUUGUCUUUGAUGCUUUGGGUUUCUGACUUUGUGUUUGGUUGGAAGGAAAUUGGGAGACAGUGAAGAUUUUUUUAUAAAAUUUUUAUUGUUUGGUUUGAUUUUU